AUGAUAAAGUUAAAUAUUAUUAUUUUUUUGACACUUGUUAUAUUUUAUAUUAAGGUUUUGGGUUACGAAAAUACUGAAGAAAUUUCUACCGAGGAAAAGCAAGAUUUUGCCGGUGAAUGGUUGAUAGAAAAUACAAAACGAUUAGAUGAAUCUCAUAAAAAAGAAGUUGAUAUUUUUGUAAAGAAAUUAAAAUCAAUUAUCAAUGGAAAAACAAGAAAAAAUGCAAAAGAAAAAAAUGCAUGUGAUGCAUUGCUAAAAAAAAUUGACACUUCUGUUGAUCAAGUUGUUAAUGAAGCUAAUGAAAUACAUCUGAAACAAGUUAUCAUACUUGAAAAUUUUAAAGACAAUGCUAUCAGGACUUGUCAAUCUAUAAAUGAUUCAGGAGCAUAUAAAAAUUGUUUCACUCAAGUAACAGAAAAAAGAUUUGAAAAGUUUUUUAAAAAUAAAAAACUAACAAAUUCUGAAGACGAUAAUAUCGACGUCUUUCAAGAGUAUAUGAAGUAUCUUAUCAACGAAAAAUUUAAAAGUAUUUAUGAUGUUGUAAGUGAUCAUGAAGUUAAACUUAAAUGUACAUGAAUUUUAUAUUUUUUCUAAGCAUUUUGUCUCUAAUAUUUAUGCAAUGUAUUCAACCUUUAAACAAAUAAAUAAUAUCUUAUUUAAAAUUUA